AAGUGUGAGUUGAAUGGAAGCCAUCCUUUCAACUGUACAUCCGCCACUGCUUGCCUUUUUGCACACUCACUAUUCACUAUUCUCUGUUUGCAAACAUACAACAAGAAAGAAUGCAUGAAAUGUGAAUGAUUUUCCUUUGUUUUACUCAUGUGUGGCUCUUCUUUGGCUAUCUUUUCAUUAUGGGUCCAUAAAUCCCAUAUAAUUAUUCAUCUCUCUGCAACAACAAAGAAGCCCAUUUUUUGGCUUUUAACACUUCUCUCACUCACACACACAACACACACACUAUCAUCUCUAUGAUUAUUAAUGAAUAUCCUUUGGAUAAUGACCAAAAAAGAGGCUAUUUUUCAAAAUGAAGUGAUAUAAGAUGAUGAUUCUUGAUGGGGUCUGAGGGAUACUGAAUUUUUCUGAGUUUCUUGGGGGUUGAGUUCUGAGUAAAAAUCUCACUUUUCUUCCUCAUGCAAGCAAAAACAUCUUACUUUUUGCAUUGGCUUUUUUUACUCCUUGUAGUUUUUGUGUGGGGUUGAUAAAGUGUACUAGUCCUACCAUAUACACCUUUUCUUUUUCAUUUUUACCUUUGUUCUUUACUGUUAAAGGGAGGAAAAAAAAGGUCCUCUUUUAGGACUCUUUGCACUUUACUGGCCUUUGAUUAGCAUUGUUUGGGGGUGAAAGGGAAAAAACCAAUGAUUUGUUUUGAGUUUUUCUCCACAUUUGGAUUUUUUUAGUGAACUUAAUAUAUAUGUGUUGAGAACAAAUAAGGUAUCCAUCUUUUUUGUAUGACACAGACAAUCUUGGAAUGCCAUUUUAAUAGGAAAUUCCAAAGAAAAUUCACAUAGAGGAAUUGAAGCUGCUGUUCUCAAAGUUGGUUAUCUUCUUUCUCCAGUGCUAUUUCUUUGAAUUGCUUCUACUGGCAAUUGUAUUCAGCCAAAAGUAAAGAGUUCUGAACUAUUGGUGAUCUAUCAAGGCUAAAAGGUUGUGGAAGAAACUUCUGUGUGUCAGCAGCUGUUCUUAGCUUGAUCGCGUUAGUUUGUCAUUCCAUAGAAUAACCUGAAGUGAUGUGUAACUCAAUUUGCCACUGAAAAUGGUGGAGCGUCAUCCUAUUAUAGACGAAAAUUUUCUUCAUACAACCAUUGUUCCCAUUAGCUUUCCCGAAACAGUUAGUUUGAACAAUCAAAACCACAUUAUGGAUGGACAAAACCAUAUCAUGGAUGGACAUGGAAUUCCUUAUCCUUUUAUGCUGCAAGGAGAAGCCAUAAACACUUCUCAAGCUUGUCUAGAUCUACCAAAUUUUCCUCGAGCUGUUGACACUGAAGCUAUUCACAAUGGGAUGCCUAUGGGGAGAAAUAGAAUAAAGGAGUUUUCACUUAGUACUUCUUAUCCAAUCAGUAAUGCUUACACAGAGGAUCAGUAUAUGGAGGGAAUACCAAUUCCUGCUGUGUGUCUUGCAAAUCUUUUGGCUGCAAGAAACGCUAUGCAUGAGUAUCCUGAAAAUUUAACAGUACUGGCUCCCUUAUCACAUCCUGCAGAAGGCCAGAAAAUUGAUGGUCUAAACUAUCCUAAUGUGUUGAAUCAUUCAUUUGGAUCCUACAGAAACUAUGAGUUUGACGGUGUCCCGGAAAUUGGUGGAACCGUUGUUGGACGAACGGGGUCCCAACCUUUCCAAUUAACUGAAAAUGUGAAUUCAAACACGUGGUUCUCAUCAGAAACUGCUAGUUUGAGAUCUGACAGUCCCUCUGGCUCCUCCAGAUUUAGCAAUGAGCUCUCUCUAAGUCUAACAACAUCACAAUCUGGUGUUGCAUGUGGGACCAACCAAUGCUCGGAUAUAACCUGCUCUGGUGUGACCAACCAUGCUUUCCCUCAAAGACGCUUUGAUUCAGAGCUAACAUCUUGCAACAGCAGAAACCUGUCUUUAAACUUUGGCUCAUACAAACCGGUCCACCUUUCGCAAUUCUUAACUGGAUCAAGAUAUCUUCGCGUAAUGCAAGAAAUACUCUCUGAAAUUGCACAGUUAUCACUUCAAAAUCCUAACUCAGUAAGCUAUCGAGGAAAUGGGACAGAGUUUGGUGCAAACACUUCGUUUGCUUUGGGUUCUGAUACCGGUAGGGGCUAUGCAGCCAUGAAUUCUGAUGAUUUACCUGACGGAGACCAGAUAAUCAUUGGUCAUAUGGAUUCUGAAGCAAAGAAAAAGAAUCUGGUGGCUUUGUUACAAGUGGUUGAUGAUCAAUACAACCAAUGCUUGGAUGAGAUUCAUAUGGUCAUCUCUGCGUUUCAUGCUGUCACUGAGUUGGAUCCUAGUAUACAUGCUCGUUUCGCCCUUCAAACCAUAUCGUCCUUGUACAAAAACCUGAGGGACAGAAUAAGCAAUUACAUUCUCGCGAUGGGAGAACAUUUUAAUAAAGGAGGAGAAAGUGGGGUAGAGAAGUCAUUUGAAACAACGUUCAUUCAAAAGCAGUGGGCACUUCAGCAGCUAAAAAGGAAAGAUCAUCAAUUAUGGAGGCCACAGAGAGGUUUGCCAGAAAGAUCUGUCUCAGUUUUGAGGGCAUGGAUGUUUCAGAACUUUCUUCACCCAUAUCCAAAGGAUGCAGAGAAGCAAUUGCUGGCAGUAAAAAGUGGAUUGUCAAGGAGUCAGGUAUCUAAUUGGUUCAUAAAUGCUCGAGUUCGUCUUUGGAAACCAAUGAUUGAGGAAAUGUAUGCUGAGAUGAAUAGAAGGAAAAUUCGUACUGGAAACGAAGAUGAAGCCAACCAUAGAAGAAAUCAAAAAAUUAUUGAGAAUCGUUUAUUUACUAUGAAGUGACGUGAUUAUUAUGUAUAAUAAUACUUUGAGUUAUAUAUAUCAUUAGUUUAGUCAAGUUUCAUCUUCAUAUAUCAUCUAAUAGUGGAGAGGAUAAUUUGCUCAAAAUUUGCGCAAUUGUACAUCUGCUGUAUCUAAGACUGGAUGUUGUAUGCUAUGCUCAAUAUGGUUUAUAUAUUGUUGUUGAUGUUGCUGU